GCCCGCGGCAACCCCGGCGGCGGCCGGAGCCAGAUGCUCGCGGGCUCUGUGGGCUUCAGGCGUUUUCCUCAGUGGUGCAGCGCCAACUCUCUCCCGCAGGAUAGGGAGACCUGGCGGCGCUCUGCUCGAGAACUCGUAUCUCAGCCUCCGAGCUCCUCCGGAGAAAGCCAAGUGCCACCAGGUGAAGCCGGUGUCCCAGAACAGCCCCGGAACCUCUGCCGCCAGAUUGCACCUUUUGAGAACCGCGACCGCCGAGCGUUUUCCAGCGCCUGCAACGCAGGGCGCGCGGGGACAGUUGGGUCCACUACGUGGGAAGGGGCGACUAGGACACUGAUGAUGGAUGCACAGACCUGGCGCGCGGGAUGUUGCUGUCUCCUCCUUCUGGCUCUGGUUGGGUCUACUCGGAGCGAGGGCGUGCAGAGCUGCGAAGAAGUUCGGAAACUUUUCCAGUGGCGCCUGGUGGGAGCUGUCAAGGGGCUGCCGGAUUCGCCGCGGGCAGGACCUGAUCUACAGGUUUGCAUAUCCAAAAAACCUACCUGUUGCACCAGGAAGAUGGAGGAGAGAUACCAGACUGCAGCUCGCCAAGAUAUGCAGGAAGUUCUUCAAUCAUCCAGCUCCACAUUAAAGUUUCUAAUAUCGCGAAAUGCUGCUGCUUUUCAAGAAACCCUCGAAAAUCUCAUCAGACAAGCAGAGAAUUACACCAGUAUCUUCUUCUGCAACAGCUACAGAAAUAUGGCCUUAGAGGCUACAGCUUCAGUUCAGGAGUUCUUCACUGAUGUGGGGCUCUAUUUGUUUGGCGCAGAUGUUCAUCCUGAAGAAUUUGUAAACAGAUUCUUUGACGGUCUUUUCCCUCUGGUCUACAAUCACCUCAUUAGCCCUGGUGUGACGGACAGUUCCCUGGAAUACUCAGAAUGCAUCCGGAUGGCUCGCCGGGAUGUUAGUCCCUUUGGUAAUAUUCCCCAAAGAGUGAUGGGGCAGAUGGGGAGAUCGCUGCUGCCUAGCCGCACAUUUCUGCAGGCACUGAAUCUGGGCAUUGAAGUCAUCAAUACCACAGACCAUUUACGCUUCUCCAGAGAGUGCAGCAGAGCCGUCCUGAGGAUGCAGUACUGCCCUCACUGCCAGGGCCUGACUCUCAGCAAGCCUUGCAUGGGGUACUGCCUCAACGUCAUGAGAGGCUGCUUGGCACACAUGGCAGAGCUGAAUCCACACUGGCAUGCCUAUAUCCGGUCAUUGGGAGAGCUGUCGGAUGCCAUGCAUGGAACAUACGACAUUGAACAUGUGCUCCUGAACUUCCACUUGCUUGUUAAUGAUGCCGUGAUGCAGGCUCACCUCGAUGCACAAAAGUUAUCGGAGCAGAUCAAUAAGAUUUGUGGUCGUCCAAUCAGAACACCAACACAAAGCCCCCGUUGUUCUUUUGAGGGAAGCAAAGAGAAGCAUGGGAUGAAGAUCUCUCCAAGAAAUGGUGAAGAGACACUUGCCAACAGAAGAAAGGAAUUUAUCAACAGCCUUAGACUGUACAGGACGUUCUAUGGAGGUCUGGCUGAUGAGCUCUGCGUUAAUGAAUUAGCUGCUGCCGAUGGACUACCAUGCUGGGACGGGGAGCAUAUAGUAAAAAGCUAUACUCAGCGUGUGGUUGGAAAUGGAAUCAAAGCCCAAUCUGGAAAUCCCGAAGUCAAAGUCAGAGGAACUGAUCCUGUGAUAAAUCAAAUUAUUGAUAAACUAAAACACGUUAUUCAGUUGUUGCAGGGUAGGUCACCCAAGCCCAACAAGUGGGAACUGCAGAUGGGCAGUGGCGGUGGCAUGGCUGAACAGGUCAGCGGGGAGUGUGAUGAUGAAGACGGUUGUGGGGGAUCGGGAAGUGGAGAAGUCAAGAGGACGCUGAAAAUCACGGACUGUAAGUACACGAUUCUAACACCACUUCUAAAGAAUUAAUUUUGAAAUAUAAUUGAAGAUAAUUAUUAUUGUGAAUGUAAAGUAAUAAUGAGAGUGAAUUCAGAAGCAUGCAAAAGGAAUUGGAAAUGAAAAUGACCCCAUUUUUAAGUUAUUCAGGACAUGUAUUCUUGGGGGUUUUGUUAUCUUUAACUCAUGGCUUUGAAUGGAAAUGGCAUUUUUAUUUUUUCUGAGAAAGACUAGUGAAUGACCAGUUCUGAGAAUUAAAGGCUUUAAAGGCAGAUAGUCCUCAGGGCAUGAAAUGACUAUUAGGGUGCCUAUUAAAUGCAUAUUGGUAAAUAAUGUCAAACCAGGAUGGGUAAACUCUACUAAAUAAUCAAAUUCUGCAACUUCAUUAUAUUGUGCCAUUACAUAAAAGAUACUUUACCAGGUUUGCAUCAGAGUCGAAUUGCAAAGAAAUUGGUUAAAUAUAUGGUUAGUGAUAGUGGAAACUGCUCAGAUUUAACUCUUAGGAAUUUGUUCUCCCAAAAAAACUCUCACCGGUCAUUCUCCUUGUUGCGGUUGUAUGAGUUUGAAAACCGUUUCCGGUAUGGCUGGACUGAUCACCACGGCAAAAGAUGGAGCUUCCAAAUGACAACAGCCACAACAAAUCACCAGAUGAACUUUGUUUUCUUUUCUUCACUUUCAAAGAUGAGGCAUAUUGGCUCUUCCUUGUUAGGUAUGUGCAGAUGUUCAGGUGGGCAAGACAACCAAAGUUAUCAACUGAGAAAGAAGGAUGAAAGUUAAUGUACUCAGGGCAGCUACCUUCCAGCUCUUUAUUUGUCUCAGGUCAUACCAAAGGUGACUACUUUAUAAAGUAAUUUUCUGGACCUGUGCAGCCCUAUCUGGAGGCUAGUCUGAUAGUUUCUCUCUAAAUCACAAAGGGCUGCUUUGGAACUGUUAGACAUGUCCUUUCAUGACUUUGGUGGGAGAAGAAUUCAUUUGCUUUUCACUUCUUGUAAUAAAUUUAGAACACUACACAUGCUUCAAGCAUCAAUACUGCAUUCUUUCUAGGCUCUUGUUUUAUAAGGCAGAUAUAUUGGUUAAAAAAAUGGAAGCCACAGAGGUGCAAAAUACAAAGGACAAUUAAUAUGAAGAAACAUGUUUUCUUGUUAGAAAUAGAAAUAAAUUUAAUAUAGAAAGUAAAUAGAUGGUGCGGGGUGGAGGGGUUGCCUGGGUGACUCAGUUGGUUAAGCGACUAAAUUCAGUUCAGGUCAUGAUCUCAUGACUCAUGAGUUCGAGCCCCACCUCGGGCUGUGUGCUGAUAGCUCAGAGCCUGGAGCCUGCUUCAGAUUCUGUGUCUCCCUCUCUGUCUCUGCCUCUACCCUGCUCAGGCUUGCUCUUGCUCUCUCUCUCUUUCAAAAAUAAAUAAACAUAAAGAAAUUAAGAAAAAAGAAAGUAAAUAGAUGGGAUUUAGUACAUUGGAGCAGGAGUUGAACCAAUGGCCACAAAAUGUCUUGAUAUAUUAAGGCAAUUUCUUUGUGAAAAUUAAAUAUCUUCUACUCUUGUAGGGGCAGGUUAGGAUACAUGUUUUUGUUAUUGGUAUUAAUAUAGUUUAUCAGGCUGAUUCUUCUGUUUUACUCUAUAUUUUGUUGGUUAGGCCAAAACAACAAGAAAAGGAGGAAGUAGAAAAUGAAAAUGAAAGGGUUUUCACUAGAAAAAAAAUAAUUUUUCUAACAGUUAAAAUGUCCUCCAUUGUAUUUUGGAAUUAUGAUACUUAUCUAUUAGGAUAAUAUUAGUCUUUCAUUUUCAUUUUAUCUUCAGUAUUUCCAUGUACCAUAAUUUUAUUGCAAUUUGACUAUUAGUAGGGCUUUAAGGCAUAAAUAUUAUUAUAAAGAAUAGUUGAAGUUGAAACUUCAUCUAUAAAUUAUAUGCAUGUAUGUGUGUGUGUAGAAUUAGCAUUUUUAUAGGAAUUUUUUCACUCUGGGAGUUAUUUAUAAGCUCAAGAACUCAUUAUGUAUUAAUAGAUUACUCUCUCCCUCUCUUUUUUUUUUUUUGUUUAUUUCACAAGAGAAGUAGAGAUAGUGGAGGAUAUUCAACCACUAAUAAUUUUCUCACAAACCAUACUUGUCAAGGUGGCAAGAAUGAAUUUUUACCUCAAAACCUUGUUUUCAAUUAUUACUGAUAUGAACACGUAUGGUGCAAGCAACUAUCCAUCAGAAUUGGAGAGAUUUAAGAUUUAGAUGGUUUUCAGCAACUCCAGGCAAACAUUUUUUUUAAAAUCCACAUCUGCUAUAAGUGGGUUGCCUAUCGUGUUUCUCAGAGUUUAUAGCUGUUGCCUUUCAAUUUUUAAUAAGUGGUUAGGAAACCACUGUGGAUAGUAUGCUGAAAUAAAUAGGGGCAGGGAAAGUAGCAAUGCAUAGGUCACAUUUCUAUUUUUAUACAGCAUGAUCAUAUUUUCCUUGUGUUUGUCUCAUUUGAUAUAUUGCUAAAGCAAGUUGAGACCUAGUUUUAGAUGGCUAUAAUGACUUAAAACUCAAGUGCUCUAGAAAGUUUGCCAGGUUUGAAUUUGAAUAAAGAACUUGAAAUGCACCAUUGUCUCUUCUUUACACGGAUGUGUAUUCUUUAUAAAAUACAACCUUACUACAAUACAGUUCAUUUGUCACCUCAAAAAUGUCUGAUUAGAAAGAGUUAUACCAAAAUGUAUUUACGUAAUUAUAGCCAUGUAGGAUUACAUGGAAUAACACUAAUACUGUGUUCUGCAAAUUUGAUUUUGCUUCAUUUAUGACAAUUUUCAAAGCUGGUGAAUAUUUUACUAAUUAUUCCUUAACCUGAUCUUCCAUCUGUUCUUGUUCAUGUUUAUUUCAGACAAGAGAGGGUUCUACACACUUUAACGGGCAAAGUUUUACCAUCAAAAUAUUUAUAUACCUUUUAGGUAUCAUUUUGUUUUCAUCACCAAUGGUAUCAAAUAAUUUAACAACUUUUUAGCUUUCAAAACUACCUGGUGGCUAUUAUGAAAUGAUAACUGAUAUGUUUCUUAUAAAAAGCAGCCAUCUGUACUCUGCAGUGUUUACUCUUAGGAAACUGAAAAUAUUUUCCUAUUUCAGUAAAAUGAUUUAAAAAUUCCAAUCUUAUGGGAACUUACUCUGUGCUUUUUUUUAGGUAUUGAAUCUGGCUCAUUUGUAUAGGUGUGGUUAUUUCACUAGUAACCUGGAAGUGUAGGGUCAAAAUGGCUUUGAACCUUCAUUUUGCCUCACUCGACACUUGGCACCCUUUCAAAGAGGCUGAUUGAUGCAGUUUCUAAACACCAGUGGGAAAAAACAAGUUCUGUUCUUUUAGCCAUGCAGAGCAAACAUAUUGACACAAUCAUCAAUACUUUUUCAACUACUUGACUAUUCUUCUAAUACCCGAAAUUCUGAUAGUUUCAAAUGUUGAAAAACAAACCAGAAUGGCACUAAAAUACGAGCUGUAGCAAAACUAUUCCAUGUAUUGUUUUGGAA